AUUCACGUAUUCAAUUGAAAUUAUUAUAAAACAGUGCCGUGCUUUAGAAAAUUUUACCCGCUUUAACGAACCAAUCAAACGUGGCACCCAAUAGCCGCCGUAUCCAUUAGCACCCGUCCAUUAACAAGUGGAUUACAGCAUCUCAUCAGUCGGUACCGACCACACGAUUGUGGUGUACAACGUACGGCUUAUACACAAUAGCGAACCUCACUAACGCCGUCAAUUAACGGCAUAAAGUCUCCCGUUUCCUUUUUUUUUUCUCUCUCUUUCUAGUUCACUUCACUCCUCCCUCAGAAUCAAAUGGUUUCCUUUUCACGAACCGAAUCAGACAAGCUUUCUACUUACUAUUACUAGGAAACGCUAACGUUCUCAGUUUUUUUAAAUACUUUUUUUCGCUAAUGACGAUUCAAAUUAUUCAAUCUCGAUCUUUGAUGGCCUCGUUCUAGGGUUUUGAUUUUCUCAACUGAACACAGACGUCUUUCUUAUCCUCUAUGGCAAUCAGAGGCGUCGACUUCAAGUGGUAUGAUGGAUUUUUCUUGUCGAUGCUCGCGACAAGUGUAAUCAUUGUUGCAAUCAAUUGGAAGCGUUACCAUCUUUGUACAUACCCUUUGCACAUAUGGAUCGUGGUUGAUUACACUACUGUGUUUGUUUUUCGAUUGUUAAUGUUCGUAGAUAAUGGACUAGCAGCUGGAAUGGGAUUGGAUUUUGGGUGGCAGCAGAGAUAUGCUCGUUUCUGUGGAAGAGUAGUGGUUCUUUCAAUUCUAUCUCUACUGCUUUAUCCAUUUCUUUGGGCUUGGACUAUAAUUGGUACCUUGUGGUUCACACAUGCAAGAAAUUGUUUGCCAGAAGAGGGUCAGAAAUGGGGUUUCCUUAUUUGGUUACUUUUCAGCUACUGUGGACUUCUUUGCAUCGCUUGCAUGUCCAUGGGAAAGUGGUUGACACGAAGACAAGCUCACCUAUUGCGUGCUCAGCAGGGAAUUCCUGUUUCAGAAUAUGGGGUUUUGGUUGACAUGAUCCGUGUACCAGAUUGGGCAUUUGAGGCUGCUGGUCAAGAGAUGAGAGGCAUUGGCCAAGAUGCUGCGGCAUACCAUCCUGGACUUUAUUUGACUGCAGCUCAGAGAGAAGCAGUAGAGGCACUUAUUCAGGAACUUCCAAAGUUUAGGUUAAAGGCUGUUCCAACUGAUUGCAGUGAAUGCCCCAUUUGCUUGGAAGAGUUUUAUGUGGGGAAUGAGGUUCGUGGCUUGCCUUGUGCUCAUAAUUUUCAUAUAGAAUGCAUUGACGAGUGGCUUAGAUUGAACGUGAAGUGUCCUAGGUGCCGUUGCUCAGUCUUCCCAAACCUUGACCUGAGUGCCUUGUCCAAUCUCCGCACUACCGAUUCUGAACGGUCAUCAACCAGUGUUGUGACAGCUAGUCGGUAUGUAAGAACCCAGCCUUCUAGCCAGAGCUAUCUGGUGAGGCUGCAGGGUCUUCUCCGCCCAGUCCGUACAGAAAAUGCAGGAUCUCCUAGUGAUACUGCUUUGGAAACUGCCGAGAAUGGAGGAAUGUCUCCAGCAACUCAAAAUCAGACGAGCAUGGGGCCAUUGGCUUCUGUUGAAAGAGUGUUUGCUGGUCACGCCACCCCACGUCAACACUGAUCCAUUUCUCAGAUUCUGACUCACAAUUUUUGCUACAUACUCUUCUAACCGCAUGCUGCAAGAAGCGAAACAGUAUUUGUCCAUGGCCAUUGUGUAAUGCUAGCAGUGGUUAAUGGUAGUAGAAAAGAUACAUAUAUAUAUGAGUUGAUCCAUUGAGUGUAUGGAGUAGUGACAUGAGAAUUGUUUAUGACACCUUCAGUUCUUUUGAAUCAUAAACCAAUGGAAAUUA